AUGUUACCUCAUUCCAGGGAGACACAAAGCGAGACAAAGCUCUACGAGGAGCCAAAAUACAUUGUUUUCGAGAGCUGCCUCACCGAGCUGUUCAAGACAUGCCGGGAGUGCUUCCAGCCCUGCAGAUGCUCCUUUACGACCAGUGGAACACUGGUGACAGUGCUGGCGGAGUGUCACCAGGGUCACACCUUUCAGUGGACGAGCCAGCCACACAUAGGCAAAAAGGCAGCAGGGAAUGCCUUGCUUUCUGCUGCACUUCUGUAUAGCGGCUCGAGCCCCACCUGCACUUUACGCAUGCUGAGGCAAAUGCGUGUCCAGGUGCUCACAGACCGCCAGUAUUACCGGUAUCAGGGUGCAUACCUAUUCCCUACGGUCAAUAAGGUGUACAAACAACAACAGCAGGGGCUCCUCGAGGACCUGGGCACCGACCCCACUUCUCUUGCCUCAGAUGGCAGGUGUGACUCGCCUGGCCACAGCGCAAAGUUCCUGACUUACAGCUUCUACUCUGAUAGGCUAAACAAAAUUAUACACUUUGAACAAGUUCAGGUGAAGGAGUCCACGGAAGUGCAGGCUAGCAGCCAUAUGGAGAAGGAGGGUCUUGUGCGAGGACUGAAGUUUAUGGAGGACAACCAUGUCCAUGUGGCCUCUCUGACGACUGACCGGCACCCGGCCACAAAAAAGUACAUGCGCACCGCCAAGCCAGGCAUCAAACACUAUUUCGACGUGUGGCAUGUGUCGAAAGGUGGGGACAAUAUGAAGAACUCUUGGAUUCAGCCCACCGAGUUCAUGAAAAUGAAAACGAUCCUGGCUAUGGUUGACUCGGAAAGUGUCUCUUUCAGCAAGCUUGGAAUCAUUUACCGUCUAAUGCGCUACAGAUGCAACAUCCAAGUGCCUACGUGUACAGAUAAGCAGAGGUCCUAG